GGGGCCCGGCCCGAGCCCAAGCUGGACUGUCGGGGAGCCGGCGGGAGCUCACCCGCGCCUGGGCUGGAGCAACCGGGCGGAGAGCGCCGGCGCCGUGGCCGCAGACAAAGGGCCGCCGCGCUCCAUCUGUCUCGGAAAGGGGACUGUCUGAAAGAUGCUACAUUCCUGCGGCCGCACCACAUCCAGCGGAGCAGUCUCAGUCGAGGUGGCGUGGAUAAGUGGGUGAAAGAGGAUGCACCCCCAUCGGAAGCCUCUGGAGGGUCCUAGUCUGGCAGCUGAGUUCUUUUUGGACUUGGGACAGCAGGUGCAACUGCAGAGCUCAUGAGGGAGCGUGGCUUUUUCCAGCUCUUUCCUCGCCAGUCUGGUUGGGGUUUUGGAACCUAAAUAAAAACUUGUACGGAAGAUAAACUGACAGAAAUGAGAAGAAGCCCCUAGAAGCUUCUAGAAUCCAUUAACUGCAUCCCUCUUACUGCUCAGAGCACAGAGGGAGGCUGUGAUCCGAUUAAGCUUUGGACCCACUUAAGUAAAGCAACACAGCUCAGCAAGCAGCUCCUGCAUUUGAGCCAGACAGAACGAUUCAGAAGUGGAAGUGUUACUGCAUAUUUUACUCUGAAAUCUGAGGAGAUAGAAGAUAAUGAUACUGGCUUUUCCUUCUAAUAAGUCCAGAUCUGGAAGAGGCAUGAACCAUUUUAAGCAUCUAGGAGGGUUCCUGAAGCACAGGAAUUGGCGGCAAACCCACCCAGUGCAGGUAAGAACCGUUGCAGCAUCCAACCGAAUGGGUCUGUGAGCAAGGACUUGCAGCCCUUCCUGUCCCCUUGACAGCUGGGAGCAGUGACCUCACCAGGACCAAAAGCAUCCCUUAGCGGUGAGCUUUGACAGAAUGAGGUGUGCUGAGGAAGCCACCAGCUGGAACUUGGCCUUUCCCGACUGCCCCUGCAUUCCACAGCCGGCCCCAGACCAUUGAGUCAACAAUGGCUGAGAAAGGUGACUGCAUCGCCAGUGUCUACGGUUAUGACCUUGGUGGGCGCUUCAUUGACUUCCAACCCCUAGGCUUUGGGGUCAACGGGCUGGUGCUGUCGGCUGUGGACAGCAGGGCUUGCCGGAAGGUAGCCGUGAAGAAGAUCGCUCUGAGUGAUGCCCGGAGCAUGAAGCAUGCACUUCGAGAGAUCAAAAUUAUCCGGCGCCUGGACCAUGACAACAUUGUCAAGGUGUAUGAGGUACUAGGACCCAAGGGUAGUGAUCUGCAGGGCGAGCUCUUCAAGUUCAGCGUGGCCUACAUCGUCCAAGAGUACAUGGAGACUGACCUGGCUCGCCUGCUGGAGCAGGGCACACUGACCGAGGAACACGCCAAGCUGUUCAUGUACCAGCUGCUCCGUGGGCUCAAGUACAUCCACUCCGCCAACGUGUUGCAUAGGGACCUGAAGCCAGCCAACAUUUUCAUCAGCACAGAGGACCUUGUGCUCAAGAUUGGGGAUUUUGGCUUGGCAAGAGUCGUGGACCAGCAUUACUCACACAAGGGUUAUCUGUCAGAAGGGUUGGUGACAAAGUGGUACCGUUCUCCGCGACUGCUCCUGUCCCCGAACAACUACACAAAAGCCAUCGACAUGUGGGCCGCUGGCUGCAUCCUGGCAGAGAUGCUCACAGGGAAGAUGCUCUUCGCUGGGGCUCACGAGCUGGAGCAGAUGCAGCUUAUCCUAGAGAGCAUCCCUGUAGUCCGGGAGGAGGACAAGGAGGAGUUGCUCAGGGUUAUGCCGUCCUUCAUCAACAGCACGUGGGAGGUGAAGAGGCCACUGCGCAAGCUGCUCCCUGAUGUCAACAGUGAAGCCAUUGACUUUCUGGAGAAGAUCCUGACCUUUAACCCCAUGGACCGCUUAACAGCUGAGAUGGGGCUGCAGCAUCCCUACAUGAGCCCUUAUUCAUGCCCUGAGGAUGAGCCCACCUCGCAACACCCCUUCCGCAUUGAAGACGAGAUUGACGAUAUCGUGCUGAUGUCUGCCAGUCAGAGCCAGCUCUCCAACUGGGACAGGUAUCCUGUGAGCCUGUCGUCAGAUCUGGAGUGGCGGCCUGACCGGUGCCAGGAUGCCAGCGAGGUGCAGCGCGACCCGCGCGCCGGCUCUGCACCGCUGGCCGAGGAUGUUCAGGUGGACCCACGCAAGGACUCACAGAGCAGCUCCGAGCGCUUCCUGGAGCAGUCGCACUCGUCCAUGGAGCGCGCCUUCGAGGCCGACUACGGGCGCUCCUGCGACUACAAGGUGGGGUCUCCAUCCUACCUGGACAAGCUGCUGUGGCGCGACAAGCCCCACCACUACUCGGAACCCAAGCUCAUCCUGGACCUGUCGCACUGGAAGCAGGCAGCCAGCACGCCCCCCAUGGCUGCGGUAGCAGCAGACCCGGUGUCACGUGAGGAUGAGCCAGCCAGCCUCUUCCUGGAGAUUGCGCAGUGGGUCAAGAGCACACAAAGUGGCCCUGAGCGCGCCAGUCCUCCCCCUGAUGCCCCAGAGCCGCAUCUCUCUGCCUCGCCCCGGGGACACCCGACACCUAUCGAUGGGGGUGCGAGUCCCCAGUUCGACUUAGAUGUAUUCAUCUCGCGUGCUCUAAAGCUCUGCACCAAACCUGAGGACCUACCGGAAAACAAACUGGGUGACCUCAAUGGUGCAUGCAUCUCUGAGCACCCUGGCGACCUCGUGCAGACAGAGGCCUUCUCCAAAGAAAGGUGGUGAACACAGAAGGGGUGCGGGAGAACUCUCGGAGCAAGAGGGCACCCACAAAGCUGGACUGUUUCCUUGCUCCCCUAGUACUUCUUCAACCCCUCUCUGCAGCAUUGGGGUUCACAGAACACACGAGGAGCCG